UAAAAUAGGAAAACAAAAGGCAUAUCAAAAAUCUGCUGAAAGUGAUGAUUCGAAGAAAGAAACUAACCUUGGAAGAGGUGAUAUAGGUAAAAGAAGUAAAAGAAGUAGAAAGAUUGUAUUCAAUGAACAAAAGAAUGAGUUGGAUCAGAAAGAGAAAACAAAAAUGAAUAACAUGCCUAAAGAGUCUGAUGAAGUUGCAGAUCUUAGAUUCAGAAUGAUAAUGAAGGUCAAGCUUGAUGAAAAUGAUGACUUUGCUGAUCUUCAAAAGGGAAAUAGCUCAGAUGGUAGAGCAAUAAUGGUUGAUUUUGAUGUAAUGAGUGUUGAAAGUGAAUCGAUUGAGCAGCCUAAUCUUAAGUAUAAUCAUCAAAAUAGCGAUGUAGAGUUGGAUGACACCAAGAAACAGUCAGUAAUAGGACAU